GGUGGCUCCAGCCAGCAGCGUUUUAAGGGGCCGGGCGCCCGUGACGCCGCGGCUCCAUCUCUUCCGCCGCCAGCGCCCGGGAGCGCCUACUGUUACCCAGGAGGGGGAGGGAUGCACGGCACAUGCGCAGUGGAGGCUUGGUGGGGAUUCUUGGGGGCUGGGUAGGGAGACAGAGGGGCAGGUGGUAACUCUAAGAACAACAACAAACAAAACAACUAAAAUAAAACCAACCCAAAGGAAGUGAGAACAAGGCGCCUGCCUAUUCCAGAGCCCCUAGUGAUGCUUGCUAUGGGGCUGGCAUUGUGGGCGGCUUGCGAGCUGUAAGCGGGCUGCGGGUUUUGAGUGGGAUUGGUGAGCCCAUCUCUAUCUGCGGGCGAUGCAUCCAUCUUUCUGGGGAGCAUGCGGAGGCGUGAGGUCAAGAAUUGGCUACUGUCCUCAAUUUCAUGCCUUGCUGGAAUAUAUGACUGCUCAGGAAAUAAUGAUUAUGUAUGCCAGAAUAUGGGGAGUCUCUGAGCCCCAGAUUGGGCUGUAUGUGAACAAAUGUUUGAAUUCACUGGAACUGGAGUCUCAUGCUGACAGGCUUAUCAACACCUACAGUGGAGGAAACAAACGUAGGCUGAGUACUGCUAUUGCCCUAAUGGGAAGGUCUUCAGUCAUCUUCCUGGAUGAGCCAUCAACUGGCAUGGACCCAGUAGCCAGACGCCUGCUCUGGAACACGGUGACAAAGACACGUGAAAGUGGAAAAGCCAUCGUUAUAACCUCCCACAGUAUGGAGGAAUGUGACGCCCUCUGUACCAAUCUAGCCAUCAUGGUGCAAGGGAAGUUCACUUGCUUGGGCAGCCCUCAGCAUCUCAAGAACAAGUUUGGCAACAUUUACAUCCUGAAGGUUAAGGUCAAGACUGAAGAUAGAUUACAGGAUUUCAAAUGUUAUGUUGCAACAACAUUUCCAGGUAGUGUCUUAAAACAUGAAAAUCAAGGGAUCCUUAACUACUACAUUCCUAGCAAGGACUGUCGCUGGGGAAAGGUGUUUGGCAUUUUGGAGCAAGCUAAAGAGCAAUUCGAUUUAGAAGACUAUUCUGUCAGUCAGAUCACACUGGAACAGGUCUUCCUGACCCUUGCUAACCCAGAGAAAUCAUCCAGUGAUGAUGAAAAUGAGGUGCCAUGAGAUUCAGUUACAACCAGUGACCCUUGUGUCUUUCAUAGAUGACACCUGGAUGCAUAGGGGGAUCUUCCUGUGCAUGUAUAUCUUGGCAUAAAUAUAUUUAUGUA